AUGCAUUCUCUACCUGAUAUCCAGGCCCUGGCAUUUACGCACAUAAGGACCAACCUGUGCAGGUGGUGUGACUACACAGUCCCUGUGUGUGAGGACAGCGUGUGCUACAGCAACUGCACCUUAAACUCCUUCUGCCUCCUGUCUGAGGAGAUCUGCGUGGCUGUGUGGAAGCAAGACAACGACAGCGUCAGCGUGCGGACGCUUUGCCACAACCCGAAGCAGCCGCUAGAGAACGUGCUGCUGUCGAACUACUCGUCGCCCGAAUGCGUGAUGGCGCGGCAGCCCUCGGAGGACGGUCUGUUGUUCGUCUGCGGCUGCGUGGAGGAGCCCGAAUGCAACGACAAGCUCAUAUUCGACAAGGGUCCCAACGGGUUCUCCAUGCUCAGGAGUAAAGACGUCAUCCCUGUGGUGGUCAUAAGCCUGCUGCCGCCCCUGCUGGUGGCCAUCUUCGCCACCCUGGGGUUCUACCUGUACCGUACCCGCAGGCCCAGCAAGCAGCCCAAAGACUGGGCCCCCAAGCGCACCCACUACCAGUCCCUGGAGGCCCCCGAGGGCGGGGGGGCCCCCUGCGACUACCGCUGCAAGCUGUCUGCGGCGGGCGACGAUGGCGGCUCCGAGGCCUCGUCCGCCCGGGCCAACUGCCUGAACCACAACACGGAGCACCUGCCCAUCCAGCUGGAGGCGCUGGUGGGGAAGGGCCGCUUCGCCGAGGUGUGGCGGGCGCGGCUCAACCACAGCGCGGGCGGGCAGUACGAGACGGUGGCGGUGAAGAUCUUCCCCGCCGUGGAGUACGUGUCCUGGAGGAACGAGCGCGCCAUCUUCUCCGACGCCAACCUGAGGCACGACAACGUGGUGCACUUCCUGACGGCGGAGGAGCGGGGCGGGGCCGGGGCCGGGGACGGCGCGGGCCCCGGCGCGGGCCCCGGCCCCGGCCCCAGGCAGUACUGGCUCAUCAUGGCCUACCACGGGCUGGGGAACCUGCAGGACUUCCUGACGGGGCACGUGCUGAGCUGGGCGGAGCUGUGCGCCAUGGCGGGGUCGGUGGCGCGCGGCCUGGCCCACCUGCACAGCGACUACGCCCCCUGUGGCACGCCCAAGGUGCCGGUGGCGCACCGCGACCUGAAGAGCAGCAACAUCGUGGUGAAGAGCCGCAGCGAGUGUGCCCUGUGCGACUUCGGCCUGGCGCUGAGGCUGGACCUCUCCCUCUCCGUCGACGACUUCGCCAACAGCGGACAGGUGGGGACAGCGCGCUACAUGGCACCAGAGGUCCUGGAGUCCAGAGUGAACCUGGAGGACCUGGAGGCUUUCAAACAGAUGGAUGUUUACUCCAUGUCUCUCGUCCUGUGGGAGAUGGCCUCCCGCUGUGAUGUCAUAGGGGAGGUGAAGAGCUACGAGCCGCCGUUCGGGUCAAAGGUGUGUGAGCAGCCCUGCGUGGAGAGCAUGAGGGACCUGGUUCUGCGGGACCGCGGCCGACCCGAGAUCCCAGCCAACUGGGUGACACACCAGGGGAUGAAUAUCCUGUGUGCCACGAUCACAGAGUGCUGGGACCACGACCCUGAAGCCCGGCUCACAGCCCACUGCGUGGUGGAGCGCUUCAACAGCCUGGACCAGGAGGCGGGGAGACCGGAGGUCCCCAGCACUGACUGUGAGCCGCCCGCUCCACCUAGCCCCCCAACCCCCUCCGUCCCUUCCCCCGGCCCUCCCAGCCAAACCCCCGCCCCCUCCACAGAGGCCGACGCCCUCAGCAGGCCAGCUACUGAGGUCUGAGGGACCCUUCUGAAACCUGACGCUGUUAAAGGAGCUGGUCUCCGCCCGCAACGUUUAUUUUGUUUGGCCUUUGCCUUGCGUUCGUUUGGACAGCCUGCCGCUCAUUAUCUCUUGUACACUUUUCAGAGAUUCUUGCUUGCUUACCGUGGGGGAGUGAGGUGACGUUACAUAUGUAUUUUGGAAAUCCCCCAACCAAAGGUUCCCAUAAAUUUGCGUUGACGAAAUACUGAAUACAGAUGUAUUUCGUAUGAGUUGCACUAUCACCAAAUUAGGUGGAACCGUCUAAU